AUGGCAGACGCAAAACAAGAAAAUCAGACUUCCCUCACGGAAUUCAUCCUCUUGGGGUUUGGGAAUAUCCCCAACCUACGGAUUUUUCUCUUUCUGUUUUUUUUAUUAAUCUAUUUUGUGACCAUAACUGGGAACAUACUCAUCAUUCUUCUGAUUGUGAUAGAUCAGCAUCUGCACACACCUAUGUACUACUUCUUGGGGAACUUAUCUUGCUUGGAGACCUGCUACACCUCAAACAUCUUACCCAGGAUGUUAGUCAACUUCCUGACAAAGGAAAACAGAAUCUCAUUUAACAACUGUUUCUUGCAAUUUUAUUUCUUUGCUUCUUUGGCAUGUGCUGAGUGCUACCUUUUAUCUGCAAUGUCUUAUGAUCGUUAUCUAGCAAUAUGUAAACCUUUGCAUUACACAACACUUAUGAGUGUCAGAUCCUGCAUCCUUCUAGCAGCUGGAUCCUGGCUUUGCGGGUUUCUGGCUAGCAUCUGUACGACACUAUACGCCUCGUGGCUGACUUUCUGUGGGCCCAAUGAAAUCGACCAUUUCUUUUGUGAUUACACCCCAUUAUUAGUGCUCUCCUGCAGUGAAACACAUGAAACAGAAUCAGUCAUGUCCAUUUUAGCCUCUGCAUGCACCAUGCCUCCAUUUCUUUUAACCUUGGCAUCCUAUAUUUGUAUCAUCACCGCUAUCCUGAAAAUCCCUUCUAACGUAGGGAGGCAAAAAGCUUUCUCUACUUGCUCCUCCCACCUCAUUGUAGUCAUACUUUUCUAUGGAACCCUCAUUAUCGUCUACACAUUGCCCAAAACUAAAGCCCUUAGAGAGGUAAACAAAAUCUUAUCUGUUUUUUAUACUAUCCUGACUCCUAUGCUCAAUCCCCUGAUCUACAGUCUGAGAAACAAGAAGUUUAAAGAAGCUUUGAGAAAAGCUUUUGGCAAAUAUUCAUUAAACUUAUUUAAUCUUUAG